CGGUGAGAGAGUGAAAGACCGCCAGCGCAAGAUCCAGCGCCGUCCAGAGCCGUCGACGAGGAAGUGUAAUUGACCUGCGAUGUGGAGGAAGGAAAGCAGCUCAUCUCUGUAGGUCCAGGAGACAGCGUUACCCAUCAGAGUGCGCGGACUGGUGACCACAGCGUACUGGGAACUGUCGGGAUGUCAAGGGAAUAAUAUAAGUAAUCAUGUGCCUUAUUGGUACCAAGUCGGUGCCACCUCAGUGGUAAGGUUUGUAGAGAGAAGGGAAGCGAAGGAGGAGGGGUAUACAGCCUGGCAGACAGGUGCGACUCUGCAGCCUGUUUCAUUUUCUCUCCGUCCUAUUAAGUAAUAGAGCCAUGGAUACCCGCAAGGAAAACAAGGUAAGGAAACCCAUGAAACCGAAAACGACGAAGCGAAAAGAGAAUAAAUACAAAACCGGGAGGUUUGCCAGGAGGAAGUCGGUGCGAUCUUUUGGGAAUUUCAUGGGAAGGAUCCUUAAAACUUUGGGCACUUUGGCGCACUUUGGCGACGUUGAACCGCCGGACGCUGAGGACGACGACGGCGGCUUCGGGCGAAGCGCUUCUGGGGGUUUCAAAGACGACUCGUCGCAGAUCUCCAGGGAGGGCACCGUGAAGAAGAGCAACACGGUUUCCUCCACUCACGGCUCGGUGAAAGACAGGCUGUCGUGGUGCUACGGCGACAAGACCCCCGGGGUGCUGGGACUGAAGAACCACGGCAACACCUGUUUCAUGAACGCCGUGGUUCAGUGCCUCAGCAACACGGACCUGCUGGCCGAGUACCUCGGGCUGGAGCAGUACAAGUCGGAUAUAAGCCACCGGAGGGUGAACGGGGAGGUGAGAGGCGAAGAGAGGCAGACCGCCAGGGGAGAAGUGACCCAGCAACUGGCGUCGCUGGUUAGAGCGCUGUGGACGCUGGAAUACACGCCGCAGCUGUCUGUGGACUUCAAGAGCACUGUGGCCAAGUACAGCUCUCAGUUUCGGGGAAACUCUCAGCAUGAUGCCCUCGAAUUCCUCCUCUGGCUUUUGGACAGAGUUCAUGAAGAUGCUAAUUCCAGCCCCAACAACAACAGUAGCAGCAGCAGCAGCAAGACCAAAGCCAACGCAAAGGGACCCAGUUCAUUGGAGGAUCCUUCAAGUCCCAGUUCAGCCAGCACACAGCAGCCUCAAGACAGACACAGUUUUGUCCAGGAACACUUCCAGGCUCAGUACAGGUCCUCUCUUACGUGCCCUCAUUGCCUUAAGCAGAGCAACACCUUUGACCCAUUUUCAUGUAUCUCCCUGCCUAUUCCCCUACGACAAACCAGGCCGAUAUGUGUGACGCUGGUGUUCAGUUCAAAGGGUCAAAGGUACCUGCGGGUAGGGUUGGCUGUACCUCUCUUUGGUCCCCUGUCCUGCCUGAGAACCAUGGUGGCAGAGGAGGGCAACAUCUCCCCAGAGCAGGUCAUCCUAUCAGAGUUGUACUCCACGGGUUUCCAGCGUUCAUUUUCCGAUGAUGAUGACCUGACAGCAGUUGCUGAUAGCGACGUCGUUUACGCUUUUCAGGCUCCUCCCCUCUAUAGUCGUGGAGGCUCUGCACCGCACUCAGGGUAUCACCACAGCCUCCCCUCCUCCCCUUACACCUCCACGGCCGGGCCUGAUGGUCAGAGGUUACCUCCAUCUGGCACCCUCUCCUCUGAAUACCUGAACCAGGGAGGCUCCAGAAAAGUCCUCCUCCUAAUCUGCAACACAGCAGGAUCUGGCCAGCAGGCUGUUAGGUUUGGACCUCCAUUUCUCAUGCAUGAGGACAGGAGCAUCUCCUGGGACCAGCUGCAGCAGAGCAUCCUCAGCAAGCUCUAUUAUUUGAUGCUGAAUGGAUCUCAGGCUCAGAAUGCUGGGGUGUUCUUUAAGAUCAGAGUUGUGGGAGGCUCUGCAUCCUACAGCUACCUGUCCCCACAGGACAGCAGGCCACUGUACCACCCUGCCGUUGACAGAGCUCUGAAGUUCUGUGGCCCCGGGGGUCCUCCCCAUGUGAAGAUUGUCCUUGAGUGGGAGCACAAGACUAAAGAAUGUCUGUUUGGCAGCAUCCAGGAGGAGGUGGUGAAGGAUGCAGAGAGUGUGAGGAACCAGCAGCAGCAGCACCUGCAGCAGCAUAGCUGUACCUUAGAUGAGUGCUUCCAGCUGUAUACCAAAGAAGAACAGCUUGCCCCAGACGACGCCUGGAAGUGUCCCCACUGUAAGCAGCUUCAGCAGGGAAUGGUGAAGAUGAGCCUCUGGACUCUUCCUGACAUACUGAUCCUCCAUCUCAAGCGCUUCCGACAGGUAGGUGAGCGGAGGAACAAGCUGUCAACCCUGGUGCGCUUCCCCCUGACUGGUUUGGACAUGGCCCCUCAUGUAGUAAAGAGGAGUCAGAGUAUGAAGAACCUGAACUCUGGGGCCUGGCCACCUACCUUGAAGCAGCCUUCAGGCCAACACCUCCAACCUGCCGACAUGAUCCUCCCCCACGAAUAUCUGUACGACCUCUACGCUGUGUGUAACCAUCAUGGAGGAAUGCAUGGAGGACAUUAUACUGCUUACUGUAGGAACUCAGUGGAUGGACAGUGGUAUAGCUACGAUGACAGCAGCGUAGACCUGGUGCCAGAGGAAGAAGUAUGUACCAGAGGAGCCUACAUCCUCUUCUACCAGAGACGCAACACCAUUCCUCCAUGGUCGGCCAGUUCCUCCAUCAGAGGAUCUACAAGUUCAUCAAUGUCAGAUCAUUGGCUAAUCCGGUUGACAGGGGACAGUAAGAGAGGCAGCCUGGUGUCUCGAUCCUCUACUGCCUGCCCAUCUUCCAUACCUGACUCACCCGAGUCUCCAGUCUUCCUUGAGAAUGGUUCUAAAGAGGAAAGAGGGGGUUUUGAGAACAGGCCAUUUAUCAGGGGUCUUCAGGGACGCAGUGUGAGCAUGAGAGCCCCCAGCAAGACCAAGGACACCCUGAGCAAAGUGCUUCCUAUGCGCUGGUCCUUGGGUUCAAAGGACAGACGGAAACCUGAUCCAGUGCCUCAGUCUGCCCAAGAUCCUGCCCCUGUGGAGCUCGUACAGUACUUGGAAUCUGGCAGACGGCCCCGUUGCACAAAGGAUCCUAUAGUAACAUUGAUGAGCGAACCACGCAGUACAAAGGAAGCUGCUGGGGGCCGAGCUGCAGCCAAUGUCCGAUCUUCCAGCGUUGGGAGCAUCAGUUGUGUGGGUAAGACAGGAAAUGAGCUGCCAUACGAGGCUGCACAGGUCCCGGAGGGCCAGAGGAGGCUGUCAGAUAAGACAGGCAGUUUGAGACGCAGCAAGGGGAGCCAGACAAGAGAUGACAGGACCAUGAAUAUCAGCAGUAGCUCUAACAGUAACACCCUCACCAGGAGGAAGGAUGCCAGGAAGCAGAGCUCCUCCAAAAUCUCCCUGGAUACUGAGACAAAAAGGAGUUCCAGUGCUGGAGUUCAGCCCAGCUUCAGCACUCCCAGCCUUCAAGACGGGACUUUGAGAAGACAAAAAGGGGACAGGGUGGAUACGGAACACCACGGUACAUUUGAAGGAAACUCUAAGACCAAAAAAGGAGAAAUUCCCAAGAGCCAUGAUGGACUACUCUCCUUCUUCAAAGGUAAUUUCCUGAAGAAAGAUAAGGACUCAAGGAAGUCCAAGGAGGGUGAGUCAGGGAAAGGAGUAGGUGAGGAAGGAGGCAGAAGGACCCUCUCUAGGCUGUCACUGUCCAAUGGAGCAACAGUAGGAGGAACUGGGGUGGAAGGACGCAAGUCUAAUGGCCAUCUGAGUGAUGCACUUGCAAACGGUAAGGUUGGACGAACCACAUCUGACAUCAAACGCUCCCAGAGUUCAUCCAACAUACCCACCAAAGCGGAGCAGAGCGUGCGUAGGACAGCAUCUUUGCAUCGUAACGGGAUGCCUACAGCCCCAGCACUGUCCCGCAGCCUGACAACAGACAAACCGUCUUAUGGCACCCUGCAGAGGACUCGUUACAGCACAACCUCGCUGGGACGCAAAAGGACAGUCCCGGAGUCCAGCUUCUGACACAGAGAUAUUUAACACAUCCACACACUCGCAAAGCCUUUUAUCUGUUAUAAAGUGAAUGACAAGAGAUCAAAGCAAUAGCGCUCAAUUAACAGUGAUAUACCUUUUUGUUGCCAGAAAAUAAAAUGAUUUGCAACAUGGAACUGAGAGACACUCAGCAAAUGAAGGGUCCUUUAAUACUGGGAUAUAAAGAGCAGAAUGAAAUGAUGUGACCUGUCCAUCAAACGUCAGAGGGAAUCCAUUUUUAUUCUGUUUUUUAAGACUUAAAACAAGUGCCUGAGCAACGAAUAUGCAGUUUAGACCAGUGAGUUUGUCUGUUUAGCACUGGAAGCAUGAAAUCUUACACACACACACACACACACACACACACACACACACACACACACACACACACACACACACACACACACAUACAACAUCCACAUUUGUGUCUUAUUUUUGUAGUGUAUGUUGGAAUUCAUCACUCUAUUUUAAAAUGUUAUGUUUUUUUGCUUACAGUCAAGACAUACUGAUUGUGUUCAUUUUUAAGAAUGUAAUGUGUCCAGUUUAUUAACUUUGAUGCUUUGAGGUUGCAGGUUCUGAUUAACAUCAAUUAUUCAUAUUUAAUUAUGGCUUUGAACACAAGGCACUGUUUUUAUAAAGCACUGAUGUCUGGGUCCUCAUCGCAGUUGAUGUAAAGUUAAACCGACAUUGGAAAUACCAUGACCUCUAACUGUAAAAACUUGCUGGGUAUGAAUGGUUUUCUGUAGAAUUACUUAUGUGGGUCCUUUAAUUCUUUUUUGGCUAAAACAAUGAAUCCCUACUAGGACCAGCAGCACUUUAUAGCUGAGCCUGACUGACCUCCCUGUAGCGGAAGGGAAUUUACAAAAUACAUUUGUCUGCUGUGAAAUCUAAUGUUAAUGCCCACCCUUAGAGAAUGUUUUACACCUUUUUUAUAACAUCAAUUAACCCUGCUGAAUGCAUUCCAAUGUUGUUGUUUUUUUCUACUGCUUUGGUAUAAUUACCAUAUUUUUCUUAGUUUAUAUUUUCCUGUGUUUUCCAGAACUUUAUCAACUGUCAAAUGUGCAUUUAGCUGUGGGUAAUAUGAAGGUGGUGUUCUAGUGAAGUUCUUGUUGAAAAUCUCUCUCUCAAAAAUAACUCCUUGCUCUUUGAUUGUGAGGAAUAUUCACCAGAACCUGACAUUCACUGAUGCAGAUUUUUGUAAUCAGUUAUCAGAAGGAGAAAUACUACACAAAACACCAAUAUUAGGGCUGCACGAUAUGGCAAAAAAAAAACCUCACUGAUAUUACAAGUUGCAAUAUUAUUCAUAAUUGGUGGGAAUGAUCAUUUUUCCAUCACAGUUUUCAUUUAACUAAAACAACUAUUAAAAUCAUGAUGUGACUUUUUUUGUUUGUGUGUUGUUUGUAGGCUGGGGCAUAUCAGCAGCACUACACUAUUUAAUUAUAAUUUUCAUUUAAUCACAUUUUACCUUCAUCAAAAAAUUGUAGUUUCUGAUAAUUGGCUCGGCCAUAUUGCGAUUUCGAAAAUAAUUCCAUAAAUUGUGCAGCCCUAACCAAAAUGGAUGCAAAAAUGCAAGUUGCACACUUUGUCCGUGUUUUAGGGCAGGGUUUAACAGAAUAGCAGUAAUCUGAAUAAUUUAAUCUUUGGAAGAUUCUUUUAAAAAUGAAGUGAAAUACAAUUCACAUUGUUAUUCUCUGUUUAUGUAUACAUUUACAUACUCCCCAUGAAAAAUGAUUUGCUUUUAAUAUUUGCUGGUAUAUGCUGACUUCUGCUAGAAAGUAAUACAGUAUACAAUGCACCUCUUCACUUUGUUUUCAUUGUUUGAUUCGUUUGAGCAUUUGUUUGAAAUAGUUAUGCAAGACAAAAAGACAAAAAAAUUAAUUUUAAUUGUUUUCCUCUGAUUAUAGGACAGUAAAUCGAUACAUUAAGGCGGAAUACAUAUGUAUACAUAUGUAUAUAUGUAAUGUGUAUUGUUUGAUUUGUUUUAAGUUAAGGCAUUUUAACUCUUCCAUAAUCAGCAAGAACUCAAAUUUAGAGGUUCCUUUGUGUAUCUGGAAUAAUGAAGGUUUUGCUGUGCACUUUGUCUUUUCGCAGCAUAUGAAUAUUAUGAUGCAUUAUGAUGUUGUUAAUGUGUUUUGAGCUUAGCUGCCACUAUAUAUGAACUUGUUUCACAUUUAAAUGGUUAGUUGUUCCCUUGUAUGAAAUACACAGUACAAUUACAUACUACGUUACUCGUACUUUUUGCCUCUGUGCAGCUUCAGCCAAAGCCACUGGGAGUAAAGAGCUUCCCUUAAAGUCACUUUUAUAACUGGUGAAGGAAAGAAGAGAAUAGGCGACUUCCUAAUCACUGAUUUAAAUUCUGGUUGUACUGUUACAGCAUAACAGGCCAUCUUGUUUGCUGCUACAGUGAAGUUUAUGUUGGACGUGCACAGAUAUUUCCCAUGGUGCCUUCUCAGGCUCUACACAUGUAAGGCCCUACAUUGAUAUUUGCACAGUGCUUAGAUUUGCACUUUACACAUACAUGAAUGCUCUACUACUAAUUUUUAAUACGAGUUUGUAACUGAAUGACAUUGCAAUUAGAAAAAGUUAUCCUACUUAUAAUGACCCUGAAACUUACUAGGUUGAUAUUUAAAAACUAUAUGGUGAUGUAGGUUAAUUAAGAUAUAUUAAAGCAUAGUAAAAGCACUAUAUCAGCCUCAGAAAUAACUGUGUAUAACUGAACCGUAAGCAUAUUGUGAUGGAGUACUCACCCUGAUAUUCCAGUUUCUUAUUGAACCAGAAGCUAUUCAUAACCCUGCAUCUUUUUAUAUAGUUUUCUUUCUGUAUGAAGAAUCACUCUGAAUAUACAGUUAUCUGCUGAUUUUUAUGGCCUUCAGCUGCAUAAAGCGAGAAUAACUCUGAAUACUGUCUAAGCACUCAAACACAAUACCAAGAACCUUUUACUCCCUGAAAACUAACACUAUUAAUCUUGUAGCUCUCUAAUUUGUAAUAUACUUCCAAAUGACUAUCAAUACUGGAUUUACAGAAGAUACAUGUUGGUGCAGUUUUCUUUCUUGAGGACAGCACAAAAGUAAAAAAGUGAAUUCUGUUUUUGGAAUUCAACUGAGUCUCAUUGGAGAAACCUAGCAAUAAUACUAAACAAAAUAUUGAGGCAGUGUUACAGUUACACUUACUAAGCAUGUCUUACUGGGGACCAUUUUAUUAAAGCAACAUUAUGUAUUAAUUGUAUCUUAAAAUAACUGCUUCAAAAUCAUUUUGAUUUUAUAGUAAUACGGUGAAUGGGGUUUCUGUCAUUACACUUCCGGGCUCUCAGUGCCAGCUGCUGCUUUAUGUAGUAUUGGAAUCCCGGGAAGGACAUUUUUCACAACAAUGGUAUAAUGGUUUACGGCACCAACAUGACUCUUCAACAAGUGAGCUAUAAGAAAAAGUAAAAAGUAUAUAUUGUACAAUGAAAGUUCUUUGGAAGAAGCUUGGUAUUCUCAGUGUGAAUACCAUGGCAGAGACUGUGACCUUGUCAGAGGAAGUGAGGAAGAGAAAAAGAGUGACCAAGCAUGAGACCAUAAAAGAGUAAAUAUUAGACUGGUUUUUACUGAAAGGAUGUAUGGUCAGUAAUAAAUAGCUGGCUUGCUAUGUCUUGUGUUAAUAAUAAUAUUUUUUUUAUUUGUAAUGCACUUCAUAUUUAAGCAAAUCCCAAAGUACAAAAAUUUAUUUGAGAGGUUUGGUAUCACAUUGUGUAGCCAUCAUUUUUUGUGUGUGUAAGGAGAUGUCUUGGAUAGAUUCUACUUUCCCUAUUAAAUAACUGCUUUAGUUUUCCA